UGGAAAAACACACGAGCGUUCCCGAGACAUCUCCGAGCUUCUGAACGGCGAGAUCACUAGAACCCGAGAAUGCCAAAUUCAACCAGUUCCACUUCUUCCACCAAAAGCAUGAGGAGAGCUGGCUCUGAACUGGAGCGCUCCGACUCCAUCACGUCUCAGCGCUUCGUGGGGCGCAGGCAGAGUCUGAUCGAGGACGCGCGGAAGGAGAGAGAAGCGGCGGAAGCGGCGGCGGCGGCGGAAGCGGCGGAGGCGAAUGAGCACAUCGUGUUUGAGGAGGACGACGGAAAAGCACUGCUCAACCUCUUCUUCACCCUGAGAGGCUCCAAAAGUCCGGCCCUCUCUCGCACUCUCAAGGUCUUCGAGACGUUUGAAGCCAAGAUGCACCAUCUUGAGACUAGACUGAGCCGUAAACCUAAGGAUGGCUCACAGGACUUGGAAUAUUUUGUGCGCUGUGAAGUUCAUCUAUCAGAUGUAAAUACACUCGUCAGUUCCUUGAGAAGGAUUGCGGACGAUGUCAGAACCACUAAAGAGGUGAAAUUCCACUGGUUCCCGAAGAAAAUUGCAGAACUGGAUAGAUGCCAUCACCUGGUGAAUAAAUUUGAUCCAGAUUUGGAUCCGGAUCAUCCAGGAUUCACAGACCCUUUGUACAGAAAACGAAGAACACUGAUUGGGGAUAUCGCUUUCAAAUUUAAGCAUGGGGAAACAAUCCCUAGGGUGGAGUACACACAAGAGGAAAUUGAAACUUGGCGAGAGGUCUACAAUACCCUGAGAGCUCUGUACACCACCCAUGCGUGUAAUGAGUAUUUAGAGGCUUUUACGCUCCUGGAGAAACACUGUGGUUAUAGCCCUAAUAGCAUCCCUCAACUAGAGGACGUCUCACGCUUUUUGAAGGAGCGUACAGGGUUCCAGCUGAGGCCUGUGGCAGGUCUUCUGUCAGCACGAGACUUUCUGGCCAGUCUGGCAUUCCGUGUGUUCCAGUGUACGCAGUAUAUUCGCCAUGCCUCUUCCCCUAUGCACUCCCCUGAACCGGACUGUGUACAUGAACUCCUGGGCCAUGUUCCUAUGCUGGCUGAUAAAACAUUUGCUCAGUUUUCCCAGAACAUUGGACUUGCAUCUCUUGGUGCCUCAGAGGAAGACAUUGAGAAACUGUCAACACUUUAUUGGUUCACAGUGGAGUUUGGACUCUGUAAGCAGGGAGACACAGUGAAAGCUUAUGGAGCAGGUCUUCUUUCCUCCUAUGGUGAGCUUGUGCAUGCGCUUUCAGACGAGACGGAGAGACGAGAGUUUGACCCAGACACUGUAGCUGUGCAGCCAUACCAAGAUCAGACCUACCAGUCUGUCUAUUUUGUGUCUGAGAGCUUUUCUGAUGCUAAAGAUAAACUGAGAAUGUAUUCGCUGAGGAUCAAGAGGCCAUUUUCAGUGAGAUUCGACCCAUACACAAACAGCAUAGAAGUUCUUGACAACCCACUGAAGAUCAGAGGAGGACUGGAGUUGGUGAAAGACGAACUGAAGGUCCUCACAGAUGCCUUGAAUGUACUGGCCUGAGUUCGCCAGUUCGUGCCACCUGCUGCCCUGAUACUCAGUGUUUACUAUGUGGCAUUUUCUUUAGAUUGUGUGUGUUGUACUUUUCUGCUGCAGCUAAAGUUGUUGCUUUUAAAAAGCUCAGUGGCAACAAAAUUACCUCAUGCUGGAAUUUGUUUCCAAAGACCUCACUUUGUGACUCUUAUUUUUGUGUGAAAAAGACUAUCAUACUAAAAUCACUGAAACCAAAUGCUAUUUAUCAAAAAUAAAAUAAUAAAAAAUAUAUAUAUAUAUAUUAUUUAGGUAAUACCAAGCUCUAUACAUUACUGUGCAAAAGUCUUAGGCACCCUGUUGCUUUACAAACCUUGUUAUAGAUUUUUAUUAUAUGACUUCUACAUUAUUGAUUCAGUACAAAAAACAUUUUAGAUUUCCAAACAUUAGUUUUCCAGCACAAAAUUAAAUGUUACAGAAAAAUUUUGCAUGUCAGUAAAGAAAGCAGCAUAUUACAUAAGAGACCAUUUUUCAGACAAAAAAACAUAAUGAAGGCUGCUGGGUUUUGCUGCAAAAAUAAGAAGCAAGUGUGACAGUCAAAGUCUCCAGAAGAACUGUGGCUGCUUCUGCAAGAUGCUCAGUAAAACUUACCAGCUAUUUCCUUAUAAAACUGCACAAAUUGUACCUGAGACUACUAUUUUUUUUUUAAAGCAAAGGUUCGUCACAUCAAAUAUUGCCUUUGUAAUGUAAAAACAUUUAAUUUCAUUAUUUUGAAGGCAUCUUUGCUCUACAGCAUUUCUUUGCAUGUGC